GUAUGACUAAGUGUCAGAAGCUCACAGAACUCGAGUCUCAGUGAUUUUAACACGUAAGAAUUCAUUUAAACUAUUAUUGGAAAUUUGUUUUUCUUUUUAUUCGCUGAACUUUACGUUCGAAAAUCGCCGGAUUAACAGAAUAAUGGAAAAUAAUUUGUGGAGAAGGGAAAAACGAUUCGAUAUUUUCGUUGAUCUUUUAGACCCGUCUUUACCGUAUGAAACCGUGUACGAUUCCCAAAUCGAAGGUGCCAAACAUCGUUUCCAUGGCAAGCAAUAUGAGCCGACAAAGAGUGACCAGGUCUCAGCGCUAUUUCGAGCUGCUGGAAAUCGGGAAUUCAAGGAAAAGAAAUGGCGUGUCGCAAUGGAAUAUUACAAUCGAAGUUUGAUUUUUGCUGAGACGAACUCCGACAUCGUGAGUUUAGCCUACGCCAAUCGAUCGGCAUGUUUUUUUCAUAUGCAGAAAUACGACCAUUGCUUCAGAGAUAUUGAACUGGCGAUAGAGCAUAACUAUCCGAAACGAUUAAUGCACAAAUUAGACGACCGUGAAGCUGAAUGCGUCAAACACUUGAACGAGAAAAAUGUUGAUCGAGAACUAAUCGAGCCGAAGCUGAGUUACGAUCCAGACGAAAAGUUCCCAUGUAUGGCCAACGUUUUGGAAAUUAAAACGAACCACAGAUUUGGUCGUUACAUUGAAGCAAAGUGUGACAUUGAUGUUGGUCAAACAGUGCUCGUUGAAAAGGGGUUCGUCCAUGUUUUCGAAGCCAGCGAUCGAACAUUGUGCGUCACAUGUAUGAGGCAUGUGCAGAAUUUCAUUCCCUGCGGUGGCUGCACCGACGCAAUGUUUUGCGAUGAAACUUGUAUGAAAAACAAUGACACUCACCGGAUCGCAUGUGGAGCUGCAUUCAAUCGGAUACCUGGAAACGUACGAUACUGGGCCGAAAGCAUUUUGAUUGCGAUCAAUGCAUUUCCAUCCGUUGAACAUUUGAUGGAAUUCGUCGAGGACCAAUUGACCUUGCCGAAAACAGAGAUGCCGAAAAACUGUUCUGAUGCACAGAUGCAAUAUGGCCUCUUUUUGAAAUUGGAUAGAAUGGGUCACGACAAGGACAUAUACCAAAAUAUGCUGAAGUACGUAACGUACAAACUGCUGAUGGCCAUUCCGGCGAUUGGCGAGAAGUUUACAACGAAAAAAAAGCAACGUUUUCUCAUGCACCUAAUUUGGCAACACAAAAACAUUGCGGACAGAAGCGCUUUUGUUCAGCCAUUGGCAGAUGCGGACGCAAGAAAUUCAUUCGAUGCUGGUAGUCAAAUUAUCGCUACGUGCAACAUCUUUGGUUUAUUCAACCAUUCAUGCAUUCCAAAUUUGUUUAACGAUUUCGUUGGAAAUAAGCAAAUACUUAUAACGACACGACCAGUGAAGAAAGGAGACCAGCUGUUUGUUUGCUACGAGCAGCAUUUAUGGUCGAAAUCAGCCGUACAGCGACGAGAACACUUGAAAAGUGUUUACAAUUUCAACUGCAAAUGUGCUAGGUGUAAGCAACAAUUCGUAAACGACAUUUCGAUGCAAACGGAUCCGAUGUAUCUGUGCAUUGAACAAUCAAGGGGAAAGACUAUUUCUGAUGCCAGGCGUGAAAUUUUGAAAAAAAUGUGCUACGAUUUUAUGCGAAAAUACGCUCAUGUGGCCUGCGCAAAUGAAAUUUUGGUUGUCACCGUGCAGUUGAUGCUUUUCUUGCAAGACGAUUAUCCAGAAUAUCGAAAAAUUAUUACCUGAAUUUGUCAUAAAAAAAAGUCGUAAAAUCAAAAUGAUUGAAAACGUUCGGAUCGAAAAUUAGUUUUUCUUAGUAAAGAAAAUGUUGCUGUACUCACCAUGAUUAGCCAGAAAGCAAUGUAAUUUGUAACAACUUGUCUAGAUUUUACAUAAUGAAGACAAUCAAUAAAGGAAGAAUUGUUAA